AUGACUGACGUCCUUCUCAUCACGGGCGCCAACAGCUAUGUGGCCGGCCACAUGAUCCAGCAGGCCCUAGAGCGUGGCUAUGCGGUGCACGGAACCGUCCGGUCCGAGGCGUCUGGCCAGAAGCUGCUAGCAGUCUUCCCACAGCAUGCGACUGGUGCAGAUGCUAAGCUGACGUACGCUAUUGUGCCAGAUAUGACGGCGGUGGAAAAUUAUGAGACUAGCUUUCGCAAUGCCGACAUCACGGGCGUCAUCCACACGGCCUCGCCCUUCAGGCUGGACGUGGAGGACAACGCCAAGGACCUGCUGGAGCCGGCACGCGACGGUGCCGUGGCCAUACUUGAGGCAGUGCGGCAGUACGGAAACGGCAAGGUGCGCAGCGUGAUCAGCGUGUCGUCGUUUGCGUCUGUCGUCGACAUGAGCUACGGCCUGCGGCCGGGUUACCACUACACCGAAGCGGACUGGAACCCGAUGAGCUGGGACGCGGCCAAAACGACCGAUGUCGUUUCGGCGUACUGCGCGUCCAAGGCUCUAGCUGAGAAGGCCCAAUGGGCCUGGCAGAAGGAGCACGCCGGGCAGCCGGGUGCCGAUUUUGCGCUGACGACGAUGACUCCGCCCUGGGUCUUUGGACCCUACGUCAACCUGGCCGGUAUGGGAAUCAAGAAGCCGGGGCAGCUCAACGAGUCCAUGAAGCUGCUGGCCCACCUCGUCGAUGGCUCGCUGGCCGGAGGCGAGGUCCCGCCCACCGACUUUGCCGGCUUCAUCGAUGUGCGUGACCUAGCUACGGCCGUGCUGCGAGCCUACGAUGGUGCCAAGGCUGCAGAUCCCGCAAUCGUCAACCAGCGAUUCCUCAUCGCCUCCAAGUUUUCCUACCAGACCGCCGCUGACGUCAUACGCGAUUCCUUCCCGGACCUGCGCGAUAACGUCCCUGUGGGCACCCCUGGUGCCGGCCGCACCGAGCCGACGUACAUCUACGACACAUCCAAGGCCAAGGCGGCUCUCGGCAUCAAGUUCACGUCCAUUGAUGACACCGUCCGCGACUCCGUCCGGCAGAUCGCUACGUUGCUGUGA